ACAAUUCGAGCUUCAACAACCACAAUGCAACAAGAACGAAUCACAAUAGAACUCCGGCAAUGACCUCUGAGAGCUAGAUAGUUUGCAUAUCAUGAUGUCUCUCCUCUCCGUUCCAACGACAUCAGCGCUCCCUUCCUCGCAACUUAUCCCCGCGUCACACCCCGCAGUCACCAGAAUCCUCUACCGACUCACGCGGCCCUCACUGCUCUCCCUGGUCCUCGACUGGCUUGACGAGCGCAAUCAAGAGACUUCAGGCCCCUAUCUGCUAUCAUCAGACGACGAAGACGACGAGCAAGACUUUUAUCCACCCGCAUCUUCCCUCGCAGCCCUCCGCGAAAUCUACACAGACCUACAAGCACGAAAGGGAUCAAAACGAGAUGUGGUGGACCGAAUACUUGAAGGAGACUGGCGAUAUGGCAUAUCUCUAUACCAAUUGGCAAUGGCAGACAUGCAAUACCUCUACGACCACCCGGCGUCCCAGAAAUGGACUGCGCUGAAGAUUGUACGAUUAUCCGGCGAAUAUAUUGCGCCGAAUGACAAAGAACACCCUUCGAUACCCCGCUUCCAUCCUGCGACUUUCCUGCGGAAUCUACAAAGAGAAGCGCUGCCAGACGUCAAAGCGCAUUACAAUCUGGAUCGGCAUCCCACCCUGCCUCUCCUAAUCCUUCGAGUGUUCAUCCUUGAAAGUCCGUACAAUACAGGUCUUGCGCUACAUUCAGCAAAGGAAAGGACGACGUUCGAUGCAAGCAAGACAUUCUAUGUAGCUUUCCCGGAUUUCUCACCGUACAUAUACGUUUCUCUCGCAGCUACGAGUUCCUCCGCCCCUGGCUCGGUAUCCUCUUCAGCGGACAACAAAAGUUUACGAAAGUUGAUGUUAGAAGGCAUCCCCAAAGCAUUCAGCAAACCGCGCGAUCGUUUUAAGCUGGAGGGUACAAGUCUCAGUGCGAAGAAUUUGGAUGUUUUGGUCGAACGUAGGGGAGGGGGGAGGAUGAAUGCUGCGGGCGGGGGAUGGGGUGUUUAUGCUGAAGAUAAGAAGAAGGAGAGUGACAAUCCGUUGAAUGUGCAACUUCCUACACCAGAAUCAUCGAUCUUGGAGGAUGAUCAAGAGGACAAGGAUUCUGCAGAAAAGAAGUCGGGUAUGAAGCGUAAAAGAGUCGAGGAUCCAUCGGUGGUGAAAAGGAGAAAAUUGGUUGCCAGAGGGAGAUUUGGGAAGUCUGCCAAAGCGGACGAUGGGAAAGGGAUCGAGAGGCUGGAUGUUCGUCUUGAAGACCACUUCCCCACUGUCUCUGCCUUGGCGGACGACGAUGUCGAAGCAGAGGAAGGCACAGAACCUGCAAGGAAGGACAAGAAACAUAAGGGCAGGAGGAGUACCAUAACCCUUGAACUCGACAGAAUGGAAGACGUGGAUGAAUUGGCUGAUGAUGGAUGGAGACCAGAUAUACGAAUCACGUUCCACGGUCAACAUGUAUUUGCCGGGAUCAGGGAGCUGAUCGAAGCUGGUAUUGUUGAUGGGGAGAAGAUGCCUGGAUGGAUGACGGGCGAGGAAGGGGUUAGUGUUGGUGUUGUGAAAGAUGGAAGGAUCAGAGGUAAUAAGGGGAGUGGAUUGUAAGCAUAGGCAUGGAUAUUGAUUGUAUUAUGUAUGGAUUUGACGACUUGAUGUGGCGUUUUGGGCAUCUGGGAGGGAAGAUAUCCAGGAAGCAUAGUGGCAGUGGGACGCGAAAACGGAAGGGGAACAAAUAACCCCCGAAAUUCAAAUGCCACACACGUCUGUUCUCAGGUCUGUCCCCCCGGUAAAUGUAUAGAGAGAAUGGGCUUAAAUUUGAGCAAGGUCAUGUCGUCUAGUGUUCUGUGAAGACAUGAUCGAAAUCGU